GCAUGGAUUUCUUAUGAUCUCAAACGGACUCGGGCCUCAUGUGGCGAGUGAGGCUUUAUAGUCAGAUCAUGCCAUGUGCUAGUGCAGCGGCGGUGAGGCAGUGGGAGAUCAGGCCCACGUCUGUGCUGCGGGGGAUCAAACGCACCAGGGUCCUGAUGUGGCAGUGGAUACAGGGACUGGCCCGGGCAUGCAGACGAAACGUGAGCUACCAAGUCAACUACAACACUUCUUACCAGGAGGAACCAGAGAUGGUGUGCCUUGAGCCCAUGGGAUCAGAGCGGAUGGAGAUGCGAAAGAGGCAGAUGUCGGUGCAGCAGGAGUCGGCUGCGGGGGGAACUGCACCGGCCCAGCAGGACCAGCCGGGCCAAGCCAACCCGCGGGGCUCGAAUGCGUGUUGCUUCUGCUGGUGCUGCUGCUGUAGCUGUUCCUGGAAUGAAGAUCGAGACGAUAGGAAUCGAAAGGCAUCAUAUGACAUCAAAGAAGGGACCUCAGACUGUGAAGACUGUCCUAAGCCCACGUUGGAGGAGGUGCACUCAUGGGGGCAGUCGUUUGAUAAGCUGAUGUGUUGUCCAGCGGGGAGGAACUCUUUUCAACAGUUUCUUCGCACCGAGUUCAGCGAGGAGAACAUGCUCUUCUGGCUCGCAUGUGAAGAGUUUAGCAAAGAGACCAAUAAAAGUGUGAUAGAGGAGAAGGCCCGGGUCAUCUACGAGGACUACAUCUCAAUUCUGUCGCCUAAAGAGGUGAGCCUCGACUCCCGUGUGCGUGAGGCCAUUAACAGGAACAUGCUAGAGCCCACUUUGCACACGUUCGACGACGCCCAGUUGCAGAUCUACACACUAAUGCAAAGAGACUCGUAUCCCCGCUACUUGAACUCCCCAGCCUACAAAAACCUGCUCAACACUCUGUCAGAGCAGUCCCCCGAAUCUUAGGGUGGUGACAACCUGUGAUCUUUUAACUUUCUCUGACCUUCCCCCACCCCCCUUAAAAAAAAAAUAAUAAUUUCUUUGUAUGUUCAGUGUAGGAUUAUGUGAGCCAGGCUUCGGGCCCGGCCCCUCCCAGGGAUUUCAGAGCUAUUGUGAUCUGCACCUGACUGAAGACACUCAGGUCUCAAAAUCUCCCGAGGGCUCGACAUCGCAGUACUGCUACAGAUCAGCACGGCAGAACACUCCAAAGGAAUAGGAAUACACAUCAAUUGAUUUCUUUUUCUUUCUUUUAUAGAAAUAAUCUAUUUU